AUGUAUAUUCAAGGAUACUUCGUGAUGGCCGAUGACACCACCUUCAACUUCUGGAAUGAGUUUGAUCUAUCAAUAGCUUUUCAACCAGGCUACAGUAAAAAUGGUACUGGUCGUUGGUGGAACUCCGAUGUGGGUCUGAAGGCCGCAAAGAAUGUAGUAAGUCUAUUCGAAGGGAAGUAUAAGAACGACAUUCGAGCACAGACAGCUUGGAAACGUUUCGGUGAAGGAUUUCAAAAAGCAAUGGGAUCCGAGUACAACGCUUCUGCUGCACUAACGUUCAACAACGGCUGGACUGUGAGCGAUCUGUGA